AUGGCCACUCCCAUCACCCCAAGUCUGUGGGAGGCCGCCCCAAUUGCUGUCGGGAAUGAUCGAGAAAAGCUUUUCUCUGCCUUGAAAGAGUUACAGCCCCCGCCGAAAACUGAGAAGUGGGAUCGCUCGCGGCUCACCGAAUUCUCCACAAAACCGUGGAGUAUAAUUGCCACACACAGCGACGACCUUUUCCCUGAACAGGUCCACCUCUUCGUGAGGACUUGGGUGACGAAAUUGCGCAAGGCGCCGCCCAACCGACUUCCAUUCGAUGCCGAGGACGCGCUCAACGCGCUGGUCGCAAGGGCCGUGUACCUCCGACGCUCGGGCUGGACGAUGGUCCAAGAAGAGGCCAGCUGGUGGGCUGUUUUCCAGGACCUCAACAUGGAAGACUCGUGCUUCGUCACCGACCGCGAUUAUAUGGUGCAGGAGCUUGUCAAUGCAGGCUGCGUUUUUGCGCAACUACAGCUCUCCCAACCGCCAAACGGCGCGCACAUGGAAGUCGGUCUCUUCUCCGCCAACAGGUGCCGCCGCAAGGGCUCAUCCGACCGCUGCGCCACCACUAGUUCAGGGUACAAGUGCAUUGUUUGCCGCAACGAGGUGGACUGCGCGCUGUACGGCUUUCGCAAUGAGGGCUCUGUUUCUCUGGCUUCGUGUGGCCUGCUUGCGGUCUUCAGCGGCACCGCCUUCGAGCUCGUUAAGGGCCCCCCCUGGCUGUCGUGCCCUCGGCGAGGGCUUUGGUUCUCCCGCCCCGCGGGCGUCGAGACUGAGCCGCUCCAGUUCACGUACGACCGCGUUCAGGCGCGUGCUUUCGUACAGUCAACCAUGGAUUCCGACGCCGAUAUGAAGGACCUGCUUGUGGACAUCCAGACCUUGUGGGCCCGUCGCACCACACGCAGACGCCCUCCAAGCGUCCCCGCCGGGACCACGAAGAUCGCACUGGGGCCGCAAAGCACCACCAUCUUCGAUCGAUCGCGCAGGGAUGUGAAUGCGUUCAAGGAUCUGAAGGUCCCGAUGGGCUUCCGCGAUGUCGACGAUUUGUUCCGCUACGCCUCCGACUACGAGAAACUCGCGCGCUCGCUCCGUUUGUAG